AGUAUGAAAUGCUGAAAGAAGAUAAGAUGAUCCCUAUAAGUAGCUAUGCUCGUACUAUGGUCACGUCGAUGACUGAGUCUUUGAAAAUACCACGUUUUGGCUUUUGCGAUGAGGUGAAUUUUGAUCGAAUAAUGACAAUGCGGGUGGAGCUGAAAAAAUUUGAAGUAACACACAGUGUUCGUAUGAGUUUUAUGCCAAUUAUUAUCAAAGCUGUCUCACUUGCUCUGAAAAAAUUUCCAAAACUGAACGCUGUAAUGGACAAAAAUGUAGAGAAUGUUAUUUGUAAAGCAUCGCAUAACAUAUCAAUAGCUAUGGAUACUCCUGAAGGUCUUGUGGUACCAAACAUCAAACACUGUGAACAGCUCACGCUGUGGGAAAUUGCUGCGGAGUUAAACCGUCUUCAAGAAGCUGGGAGUAAAAUGCAAAUAGAUCCAGAAGAUCUGAAGGAUGGAACAUUUACAUUAUCCAAUGUAGGCAUGAUUGGUGGUACUUAUCUUGUUCCGGUGAUUAUGCCACCUCAGCUUGCGAUUGGAGCAAUUGGACAGAUUUCAAAAUUACCUCGAUUUGAUAGACAGGGGAAUGUUUGUGCUGCCAGUGUGGUAAAGUUUUCGUGGGCUGCAGAUCAUCGUGUUAUUGACGGUGCCACCGUAGCACGUUUUAGUAACCAAGUAAAGCGGUAUCUUGAGAAUCCAUCCAACAUGAUCGCCGACUUGAGAUAAACAAUGAUGAAUCUUUGACUGUGCUAACCCAUUGAUGGAUGGAUCGGAAAUGUCCGGUCGCAAAUGUCUGGUUACUCUGUAUGGUUACUUGCACUAUUCGUACAAGUCUUUUACCUUAUUUCGAUCGAAAUCUUACUUGCUUAUCCAUAUUUGUCGAUUUUAUACUAUGUGCUUAUUACUGUUAUUUUCUGACGUAUCAGUGCGAUAUAUUUUAAGCGGCUCACGUGUUGUAGCGAAUUUAUAUGCUUAAGAUGAAUAAAAAAGAUGACGAAAA